UUAAAAACCAAAAAACCUAACCAAAACUCGCUCUCGCACGUUCACUCGCUUUUUCUUGUUUUUCCAUUUUCCAACGCUAAUUCACUUUGUUUUGUUUUUCUUUCUUCUUUGCGGAGAACAGAAGGAGAAAAAGAGGAAGUAAAAAGAUCGAGCGGUUCGUGAUUUUGAAAUCGCUUGAUUUUUUUUUUCGACGGAUCUGCUUCGAAAUUUGGAAAAUAAAAUUUAUAUUUGGUUUCUAAGCAUUGUAUUUUUUCAUCGGGAAAAUUUGAUUUUCUUUUUUGAGCUAUGGAAUUUGUAGAUUGAGUUCUGUCUUUCGAGAUCUUGAUCUAGCCUUCUAUUAGAUUUCCUCAGGACUGAGUCCUAUGUUAUCUGAAAGAUAGAUUUCAAAGAAGUCAGCUUCGACAUUCAGCUAAUAAUGCAUAUGAAGGAAAGCGGUCCAGCUAAUGGCUUGCAUGGAACUCAUAAUGUAGAUAUUGAACAAAUGGGAAGUUUUGAAGGUGUGAUUCGACGUGACUGGCUGUCUUCUUUGGUGGACUGGUUAAAUGCAAUAUUUCCUGAUUUAAGGUUGCCACUGGAUAUGACAGAAGACGAGCUGAGAGGGUGUCUGAUUGAUGGAACUAUUUUUUGUACCAUUUUGAACAAGCUGCAUCCUGGUUCUGUUGAAAUGGAUGGUGAUUCUGAUUGUGGUCUUGCAAAUGUCAAGAAAUUUCUGAUUGCUAUGGAUGAAAUGGGGCUGCCCAGCUUUGAAUUGUCUGAUAUUGAGCAGGGCCAUAUGAUGCCGGUUUUAGAGUGCCUUAAGACACUUAGAUCAUGUUUCAAUCCUAAUGAUGAGGCCAAUAGCUUCCAACAUCCUUCCAGAAAGAGAUGGGAUAUUUCUGGUGAAUUCGAGAGCAUCCAAAUGAAGCAAGGAUGUUAUGCUGAUCUUUCUGAUGCAACAGUUUUGGAAUUAUUGAAAUCAAGCAGUUUAGAUAACGUCUCAACUCAAUCACUAUUCAGUAUAAUUUACAAGAUUAUGGAUGAAAGUAUUGAAAGAAAGAAAGGAGAUGUACCUCAUCGUGUCGCAUGCCUGUUGAGAAAGAUUGUAGAAGAGAUCGAAUGGCGAGUUUCAACUAGGGCAAGAAAUUUAAAAAAUCAAAACAAACUUUUUAGGGCACAGGAGGAAAAGUAUCAAUCAAGGAUAAGAGCACUUGAGACCCUUGCAAAGGGAACCAUGGAGGAAAAUAUGGUUGUUCUAAAGAAUCUACAACAUAUAAAGUUUGAAAAGAGCAAACUGGAGGAGAAGGGUAAAGUUGAAGAGCAGGAUGUGCUUCAGCUUAAGAAGGAGAAGGUUCAGAAAGACCUUGAGAUUUCUAGGCUAAAAGAGGAACUAGAGAGCAGCAAAAAGAUGCAUGAAAUACAGUGUCUCCAACUGGAAGCCCAGGCUGAGGAUAAUAAAGUAUUGUUAGAAAAGAAGUUAAAAGAAGUCGAGUAUCUUUUAAGUGACUCCAGGAAGAAAGUGGACGAGCUUCAGUCAUUUUCUGAAUCUAAACAAAAGAGAUGGAAAGAUAGGGAGCGCAGUUAUCAGAGCUUCAUUGAUCAGCAAUUUCGGGCUUUGAAGGAAUUGAGGGACGCUUCAAAAUCUGUCAAACGUGAGGUUCUAAAGACUAAAAAGAGCUACUCAGAGGAUCUAAAUUUCUUAGGAAUCAAGCUUAAAGGAGUGGUAGAUGCUGCUGAAAAUUAUCAUUUGGUUCUUUCUGAAAACCGUAGAUUGUACAAUGAGGUUCAGGAUUUGAAAGGAAAUAUUAGAGUCUAUUGUAGGAUAAGGCCAUUCCUUCCAGGGCAAAGUAAAAAACAAACAGCAAUAGAAUAUGUUGGUGAGAAUGGUGAAUUGGUUGUUUCGAAUCCCUCAAAAUUAGGGAAGGACACUCAUAGGCUCUUCAAGUUUAACAAGGUUUUUAGUCCAGCAGCUACCCAAGAGGAGGUAUUUUUGGACACCCAACCAUUGAUUCGAUCUGUUCUUGACGGAUACAAUGUUUGCAUAUUUGCUUAUGGUCAAACUGGCUCAGGAAAAACUUAUACUAUGAGUGGACCUAAUUUGUCUUCUAAAGAAGACUGGGGAGUCAACUAUAGAGCAUUGAAUGAUCUUUUUCAAAUCUCUCAAAGCAGGAAGAGCUCCAUUAUAUAUGAAGUUGGUGUGCAAAUGGUUGAGAUAUAUAAUGAACAAGUUCGUGAUCUGCUUGUUAUUGACAGUUCUCAGAGAAGACUUGGGAUUUGGAGCACCACCCAACCAAAUGGGUUAGCUGUCCCUGAAGCAAGCAUGCAUUCUGUAAAAUCAACCACAGAUGUUCUGGAAUUGAUGAAUAUCGGUUUAAUGAAUAGGGCUGUUGGUGCUACCGCCCUAAAUGAGAGGAGUAGCAGAUCCCACAGCAUUCUCACCGUUCAUGUUCGUGGCACGGACAUAAAAACUAAUGCUGUUUUGCGCGGUAGUCUACAUUUGGUGGAUCUUGCUGGCAGUGAACGGGUAGAUCGUUCUGAAGCAACUGGAGAUAGGCUUAGGGAGGCACAACAUAUAAACAAAUCCCUGUCAGCUCUAGGAGAUGUAAUUUUUGCUCUGGCACAAAAGAAUUCUCAUGUCCCUUAUAGAAACAGCAAACUGACUCAAGUUCUCCAGAGUUCUCUGGGUGGCCAGGCGAAAACCCUUAUGUUUGUGCAGCUUAAUCCUGAUGUAGAAUCAUACGCUGAAACCAUAAGUACUUUGAAGUUUGCCGAAAGAGUUUCUGGUGUUGAGUUAGGUGCUGCACGGACUAACAGAGAAGGAAGAGAUAUCAGAGAACUUAUGGAACAAGUUUCAUCGCUCAAAGAAACCAUCACAAAGAAAGAUCAGGAGAUUGAGCGUUUGCAACUGCUUAAGGGUAAUGGCAAUGGUACUAAGCGUGGUAUGAGCUCACUGAGGUACGAGUCUUCCUCUCCUAGGGGACGCUCCAGUGGGACUCCUCGACAAAGCCUGGGCCUCUCAAGACGGCCAAGCUUGGGAAGUUUUGAGAAAGCAGAUGUUGAUGCUGACAUUUUCUCAGCUAAUGGUGAUAAGCAUUCUGAAUCUGGCUCUCAUUGGUCAAUUGAUGAAUCCAGGCAUCAAAAUGAAUCACUUGCGCAUACAAACAUGAUAGGAAGAGAUUUGGGUCCGAAUCUUACUGACGAUAUUGAACUGUUGGGAUUCGGAAAUGCAGAUUCAGAGGAGAGAUUAAGUGAUAUAUCUGAUGGUGAUCUAUCAAUGGGGGCUACAGAUACUGAUGGCUCAAUCUGUAGUGCCGUGGAGUUUACUCUUUUCCCGGAAGUUUCAAAACCUGCUGAUAAACCAGAGAACGUUGAGAAAGCAAGCAAAUCUGAAAAAUCUGAUAAUAUUGGGAAGUCUAUCGCCCCAUCACUCCCGUCUAAGCUUCCAAAGCUAUCUCAGAAAGUGUUGCAAACAAAACCUACUGCUCGAUUGUCACUGUCCCGGAGCACCUCCAAGAUCCCAUCGAGUUCUAAGAAAAUAACUGCUGCAACCACUAGCAAUUCUUCGAUUAAGCCCCCAAAACGACGGCCGUGAUCUGAAACUAUGUUUUUAGAUGGUAGAAGAUCUUUGACUUAAAGUUUAGUUUGUAAUUUAUAUCGAAAACUUCACUAUGUUUAUUGUCUGUAGGUUGUUUCUUCCUUCCAUUUAUCUUAUUGGAAGGGGGCCAAUGUUAGCGAAACUGUUCACUUGUAAUAUACUUACUAAAAAAAAAGGGUGUUAUAUCAGCCCCUCCACUUGGGUUCUCGUCAAA